UUAUGACUGGAGCCCAGGCGGCGAUUCUUGGCUUUCGCGGUGCUGUGGUCGGUGGUCACCUGUGCUUUCGUUUUUUCCCGGGUCUGCGAGGGUGUUCGUUGCCAUCGCCUGUCAGGUCGUCGCCUGCCCCGUGGGAUCAUGAUGCGCUUCCGCCUCUCUCCGGUUUCGGGCUCGGGGCUCGUCCUGUUCUGUCUGCUCCUGGGAGCUGUUCAGUCUUCUGCAUUGGAACUUAAUUUGACAGAUUCAAAUGGUACUUGCCUUUUUGCAAAAUGGGAGAUGAAUUUCACAAUAUUUUAUGAAACUACAAACGAAACUUUUAAAAAUGUAACCAGUUCAGAACUUCCCGGAGUGACAUAUAAUGGAAGCAGCUGCGGGGAUGACCAGAAUAGUGCCAAAAUAGUGCUACAAUUUGGAUCCGCUGUCUCUUGGAAUGUGAAUUUUACCAAGGAAGCAUCUGAUUAUUUUAUCGACAGCAUCUUGCUUUCCUACAACACUAGUGAUACCACAACAUUUCCUGGUGCUGUAGAUAAAGGAAGUGUUGCUGUUAAAAGUUCUCAGAGAUUCAAAAUUCCAUUGAAUGACAUCUUUAGGUGCAAUAGUUUAUUAACUCUCAACAUCAGUUCUGUGGUCCAGCACUACUGGGACAUUCAUGUACAAGCUUUUGUUCAAAAUGACACAGUGAGUAAAAAUGAAUACGUAUGUGAGGAAGACACAUCUGGCACCACGGUAGCGCCCGUCAUUCACACUACUGUGCCAUCUCCAACUGCGACACCAACUCCAACACCCACUCCAACUCCAAAGGUUGGAAACUAUUCCGUUACUAAUGGCAAUGCUACCUGUCUGCUGGCUACCAUGGGGCUUCAGCUGAACAUCACUGAGGAGAAGGUGCCUUUCAUUUUUAACAUCAACCCCACUACAACUAACUUCACUGGCAGCUGUCAUCCUCAAACUGCUCAACUCAGACUGAGCAACAGCCAAAUUAAGUAUCUUGACUUUAUCUUCGCUGUGAAGAGUGAAAACCGAUUCUAUCUGAAGGAAGUGAAUAUCAGCAUGAAUUUGACUGAUGGCUCAGUUUUCAGUGUUGCAAAUAACAACCUGAGCUUCUGGGAUGCCCCUCUGGGAAGUUCUUACAUGUGCAACAAAGAGCAGGUGAUGUCCGUGUCUAGAACAUUUCAGAUCAACACCUUUAACCUAAAGGUGCAGCCUUUUAAUGUGACAAAAGGAAAGUAUUCCACAGCCCAGGAGUGUUCGCUGGAUGAUGACACCAUUCUAAUACCAAUUAUAGUUGGUGCUGGUCUUUCAGGCUUGAUUAUUGUUAUAGUGAUUGCUUACCUAAUUGGCAGAAGAAAGAGUUAUGCUGGAUAUCAGACUCUGUAACACUAAUCCACAUGUGAUCUCUGUUACAAAAUAAGAAAGCAAGUACAAGUUCCCGUAUGCAAUACUAUUGAAGGUACAUUUACUUACAGUCCUGCUUUUAGAUUGGGUGGUAUGGUAGAUUUUGAAUUUAAACAAAAGAAUCCCAAAUACUAUCAACUACCAAGGAGUUGUGUGAUUUUGGUUUCCCUAACCAAAGAGUUUAAAACUUGUAUAGCAAAAGACAUGUGCAGAAUUACCUGGACUGCAGGUUCUGGCUGCAAUUUGUGCCGCCGCUUUUGACUUAAAUUUUGACAAGAAUGGACAGUGUAGGAAAGAGAGCAGAGAUUUCUCUGCCUGCAUGAGGUUGACUUUGGAUAGCACGAUCUCCAGAAUUUGUACUUGCUCCUUUUGCAUCGUUUGUGACUUUUGUUUGCAGGUUGACUUAGCUACUUUGGCAUUGACCUAUGAAAGAGAUAUCAGUAGAUUUGAGCAGAGCCCAGCAGUAUCACGCUCUUGCCAGUACAAUUCUUUUCUCAUGCUUUUUGAAUACAUUUGUAUUUAAUGUGGCUGAAAAGACAAAAGCACAAAAGCUUUUUAAAUUUUAGAAUAGAUGUUAAUCUUUUUAUUUAAUCUUUUUUUUUUAAAAAAAAAAAACUGGAUAUUUCAAUCUUUUAAAUUGCAAGACACAAGGCAAUUCCAACUGGGCAUUUCAAUCUGUUUUUAGGUGCUUUAGAGAUAAUUGCUAGGCAGUGCCAAAUGAGGGCAUUAGUGCUUUGUACCCAGAAAUUGGCCUCUACAUGCAGCACUAAGAUGAAUGCAGAUUUCUCUUGAACCUUCCAGUCUUCCUUGUUGGUGGUAAUGUGCUUUGUUCUUUCCUUUUUUCUCCAAGAAGAAAUGUCAAUAUGUCUUAGAACCUAGAUAACGAAGUGCACUUACACUCAUAAAAUGGCUUGCACCUAAUCCGAAAAGUCAUGGUCUUGCCUUAGUCCAUUAACAACACAUUCUUCAUUUCCAGUUCGCAUUGACUGCUACAGCAUUUACUAAUUUGGCUUCAUUUUUAAAUGGUUCUGUGGUAAUCAAAACUUACAUUGUUACUGUCCAUUGUGGUGCUUUUAUAUUCAGUUUUGUACUCAGAGAUGGCACCAGUUUAUUUGCUGUGCAUCACCUAAUGCUUAUAUGAGGGAGCAAAUUAUUUCAGCCAGAUAGUUAAUACGUCAUGUAUUCCUUGCAGUUUCUAGGAGAUCUUUCAUACAUAUAUGCAUGCAUGCAUACAUACAUACAUACAUAUUGGUAUGACCCAGUAAACAUUUCUUAAAAUAUUGGCCUGUAGCCAUUUACAGAAGGUUCUUAUUAUUUAGGGAGGGCAGAUCAUAUGCCUUUCAUUCACCCAAAAAUGAACUGUCUGGAUUUCAAAAUGCUUAUGUUGAAUAUGUAGUACAUAUGCAUACAUAUAAAGGCAAUUGCAUGUUAGCAUGUGUAUGUCUGUAACUGUCUUUUGAGUUCUAUAGGAGUGACAGAUGUGUCACUUUAACUUACUGUCCACUUAGCCUGAAAAUCUUACAGAAUCAUAUUCCUGACUAACCGUCUCCUAGAGCAACAGGGAACUGCAUGGCCAGCUUAAAACACUUGCUAGAAAUGAAACAAAUCUGAUUUUUAAAAUAUUUUCCAUUUAAACUGUUUUUAGCAUAAGCUUGUUAAUCUUAAAAGAAAGGAUUAUGCUUUUAAGAACAUAGGUAUUAGAGACAUUUGUCAUGAAUCAACAAAACAGUUUUUUUAAAGACUAAUUAGCACAAGUGGGUGGCACUGGCUUAAUGCUGUUAAUGUUUCUAAAAGUUUUUACAUUUAGAUUAUAUAUCGGAUUCAUAUUAAAAUACCUCCAAAACACUGUUUUAUAGAAAGAUCUGACUUCAGUGAAUAUUUUUGUAUUUUACAUGGGCCAGUUUAUGUACUGCUAUUUACACUAUUAUUUCUUAGAGACACAUAAUCUUUGUAUCUUUUGUAUUUUUGUUUUGUUUUUCUGGUUUUGCGCCUUGAUGGUAAUACUCUUUGGUUUGGGAUGUUUUUCCAUGCUUUAGCAUUUGUAUAAACAACUGGUCCAUGUAAGUACUUUUCGUGUUUUUUCUUCAAAUGUUUAAAGUGCUAGUUGAUGUACGAUAUCUCUUCUCAGAUAUUUGCCUGUCUGUUUGCCCAACAUUGCUUCUAAAUCAAUAAAGAUACUUUUAUUUCUUAAGGAAA